UGGUAUGAGCCAUACCCUAGCCACCAUCGUUCCUUCUUCUUCAAUUAGUCGCUCAUCGUACAACUUUCUGCUAUUGGUCAUCCCGUUUCGGAGGCGCGUUUGGUUCUUCAAUUAGUCGCUCAUCUCACUGACGAAUAUGCCACGGUAGCCACCAUUAUUCAGCAAUCAAAUCCCUUGCCAUCGUUUGACAAAGCUUGCUCGAUGCUUGAUUUGGAUCGCAUGAGCCGUGACAACAAUAAAAAGGGUACUAUUCUUGUUGCAUCUAAUGAUUCUUCCCAUUUGUCCAAUACUCAACAGUCACCCUCGGGCAGUGGUAGCCGUGGCAGCCCUCGGGCAGUGGUAGCCAUGGCAGCCGUGAUAAUGGUGGUCGUGACACUAGUGGCCGCAAUAAUAAAGGGAAAAAAAGGGCCAAGCCGAGGUGGUGGUGGUCGUCGAGGCUAUGAUCGUGGGGUUGAACACUCACCAUACUAUGGAUGGGCUGGCCCAUGGGCUCCACAAUGGGCCUCUCCACCGUGUCCUUAUCCUACUCAACCUCCACAGUGGCGUGGAAUGCCUUCGGUCAACAACCACGGUCUACUAGGAUCUGCACCACGUGUCAAUAAACAGCAGCCCCAAGCACUCCUCGUAAAUGGUUACCAACCGACUGAUUUACCAGCAUUUUUUAAUGCUUUGUCGCUUCAACAACUAGAUGAGAAUUGGUAUAUGGAUACCGGCACCACCUCUCAUGUCAUGAACAAUCCAGGAUCUUCGAACGGGGGCUCUCUUGACGAGGUCCAGUAGUGUGGGUGAUCUUUAUCCUCUGUCUCCAUCAUCCCUAUCUUCCACCUUACCAUCUGUCAAUGCUGUCCUACCUCUUUCCACGUGGCACAAUUGUCUGGGUCAUCCUGGCGAACCCGUUUUGCGACCUCCACCCUUUGUCAUGCUUGUCAACUGGGAAAACAUUGCAAAUUGCAUUUUUUCUAUUUCUCUUUCUCUGACUAUGAAACCUUUUGAUAUUAUCCAUAGUGAUUUGUUUACUUCUCCA